GACACCCUCCCCCGGUCCCCUGGUGGGGAGGCUCUGGCUCCUGCAGUACUGGAGGCAGCAGCGGCUGGAGAGCGACUUGCGGCGCGUGCCCGCCUCCACUGACCGGGACGCUUCCCUUCGGGGAUCUUCGGCCGACUCCCUCAGCCGCAGCGUCCUGCCGAAGCCCAGCGGCGGGACCCCGCGGGACCCCAGGCCAUCAGGGAGCGCCGGCGACGGCCGCAGCACCAUGAGGCGGCCCUGGGGCGCGCUGCUGCUUGGCGUCCUGCUCUGCGCACACGGCCUAGCUGGCAGCCCCGAGUGUACUUGUGGUCGGAGCCACUUCACGUGUGCAGUGAGUGCCCUCGGCGAGUGUACCUGUAUCCCCUCCCAGUGGCAAUGUGAUGGAGACAACGACUGCGGGGACCACAGCGAUGAGGAUGGAUGUAUGCUGCCCACCUGCUCCCCUCUUGACUUUCACUGUGACAAUGGCAAGUGCAUCCGCCGCUCCUGGGUGUGUGAUGGGGACAACGACUGCGAGGAUGACUCAGAUGAACAGGAUUGCCCCCCCCGGGAGUGUGAGGAGGAUGAAUUCCCCUGCCAGAACGGCUACUGCAUCCGGAGCCUGUGGCACUGCGAUGGUGACAAUGACUGUGGUGACAACAGCGACGAGCAGUGUGAUAUGCGCAAGUGCUCUGACAAGGAAUUCCGCUGCAGUGAUGGAAGUUGUAUUGCUGAGCACUGGUACUGCGAUGGUGACACCGACUGCAAAGAUGGCUCUGACGAGGAAAGCUGUCCCUCAGCAGUGCCAGCUCCCCCCUGCAACCUGGAGGAGUUCCAGUGUGCCUACGGCCGUUGCAUCCUUGAUAUCUACCACUGUGAUGGCGAUGAUGACUGCGGAGACUGGUCGGACGAGUCUGACUGCUCCUCCCACCAGCCCUGCCGCUCUGGGGAGUUCAUGUGUGACAGUGGCCUGUGCAUCAAUGCAGGCUGGCACUGUGAUGGUGAUGCAGACUGUGAUGACCAAUCUGAUGAGCGCAACUGCACCACCUCAAUGUGUACAGCAGAACAGUUCCGUUGUCGGUCAGGCCGCUGUAUCCGCCUGUCAUGGCGCUGUGAUGGGGAGAACGACUGUGCAGACAACAGCGAUGAAGAGAACUGUGAGAACACAGGAAAUCCCCAGUGUGCCCUUGACCAAUUCCUGUGUUGGAAUGGGCGCUGCAUUGGGCAAAGGAAGCUGUGCAAUGGGGUCAAUGACUGUGGUGACAGCAGUGAUGAAAACCCACAGCAGAACUGCCGACCCUGGAUGGGUGAGGAGAACUGCAAUGUGAACAACGGUGGCUGCACCCAGAAGUGCCAGAUGGUACGGGGGACAGUGCAGUGUACCUGCCACACAGGCUACCGACUCACAGAGGAUGGGCAUAUGUGCCAUGAUGUGAAUGAAUGUGCUGAGGAGGGGUAUUGCAGUCAGGGCUGUACCAACACCGAAGGGGCUUUCCAGUGCUGGUGUGAAGCAGGCUAUGAACUCCGGCCCGACCGGCGCAGCUGCAAGGCUCUGGGGCCGGAGCCUGUGCUACUGUUUGCCAAUCGCAUCGACAUCCGGCAGGUGCUGCCGCACCGCUCUGAGUACACACUGCUGCUCAACAACCUGGAGAACGCCAUUGCCCUUGAUUUCCACCACCAGCGCAAGCUUGUCUUCUGGUCAGAUGUCACCUUGGACCGUAUCCUCCGUGCCAACCUCAAUGGCAGUAGCGUAGAGGAGGUUGUGUCUACAGGGCUCGAGAGCCCAGGGGGCCUGGCUGUGGAUUGGGUCCAUGACAAACUCUACUGGACCGACUCAGGGACAUCAAGGAUUGAGGUGGCCAACCUGGAUGGAGGUCACCGGAAGGUGCUGCUAUGGCAGAACCUCGAGAAGCCCCGAGCCAUUGCCUUGCACCCCAUGGAGGGUACUAUUUAUUGGACAGACUGGGGCAACACUCCCCGCAUCGAGGCCUCCAGCAUGGAUGGCUCUAGACGCCGCAUCAUCGCUGAUACACAUCUCUUCUGGCCCAAUGGCCUUACCAUUGACUAUGCCGGGCGUCGUAUGUACUGGGUGGAUGCUAAGCACCAUGUCAUUGAGAGGGCCAAUCUGGAUGGGAGUCACCGCAAGGCUGUCAUUAGCCAAGGCCUCCCACAUCCUUUUGCCAUCACAGUGUUUGAAGAUAGCUUAUACUGGACAGACUGGCAUACCAAGAGCAUCAAUAGUGCUAACAAAUUUACUGGCAAGAACCAGGAGAUCAUUCGCAACAAACUCCACUUCCCCAUGGACAUCCAUACCUUGCACCCCCAACGCCAGCCUACAGGAAAAAACCACUGUGGGGACAACAAUGGAGGCUGCACCCACCUGUGUCUGCCCAGUGGCCAGAACUACACCUGUGCCUGUCCCACUGGCUUCCGCAAGAUCAGCAGCCACGCCUGUGCUCAGAGUCUUGACAAGUUCCUGCUUUUUGCCCGAAGGAUGGACAUCCGUCGGAUCAGCUUCGACACAGAAGACCUGUCUGACGAUGUCAUCCCACUGGCUGACGUGCGCAGUGCUGUGGCCCUUGACUGGGACUCCCGGGAUGACUACAUGUACUGGACAGAUGUCAGCACUGACACCAUCAGCAGGGCCAAGUGGGAUGGAACAGGACAGGAGGUGGUAGUGGAUACCAGUUUGGAGAGCCCAGCAGGCUUGGCCAUUGAUUGGGUCACCAACAAGCUGUAUUGGACAGAUGCAGGUACAGACCGGAUUGAAGUGGCCAACACAGAUGGCAGCAUGAGGACAGUACUCCUCUGGGAAAACCUUGAUCGUCCCCGGGACAUUGUGGUGGAACCCAUGGGCGGGUACAUGUAUUGGACUGACUGGGGUGCAAGCCCCAAGAUUGAACGAGCUGGUAUGGAUGCCUCGGGUCGCCAGAUCAUCAUCUCUUCCAAUCUGACCUGGCCUAAUGGAUUAGCUAUUGACUACGGGUCCCAGAGGCUUUACUGGGCUGAUGCUGGCAUGAAGACAAUUGAAUUUGCUGGGCUGGAUGGCAGCAAGAGGAAGGUGCUGAUUGGAAGCCAGCUACCUCACCCAUUUGGGCUAACCCUGUAUGGAGAGCGCAUCUAUUGGACUGACUGGCAGACCAAAAGUAUACAGAGUGCUGACCGGCUGACAGGGCUGGACCGGGAAACCCUGCAGGAGAAUUUGGAGAAUCUUAUGGACAUCCAUGUCUUCCACCGACGGCGGCCCCCAAUGUCCACACCAUGUGCCUUGGAGAAUGGUGGCUGCAGCCAUCUGUGUCUUCGGUCCCCAAAUCCAAAUGGCUUCAGCUGUACCUGCCCUACAGGUAUCAACCUGAUGACUGAUGGCAAGACAUGUUCACCCGGCAUGAAUAGUUUCCUCAUCUUCGCCAGGAGGAUAGAUAUACGCAUGGUCUCCUUGGACAUCCCUUACUUCGCCGAUGUGGUGGUACCUAUCAAUAUCACCAUGAAGAACACCAUUGCCAUUGGCGUGGAUCCCCGGGAAGGAAAAGUGUACUGGUCAGACAGCACACUGCAUAGGAUCAGCUGUGCCUAUCUGGAUGGCUCACAGCAUGAGGACAUCAUCACCACAGGGCUGCAGACCACAGAUGGGCUCGCAGUGGAUGCCAUUGGCCGGAAAGUGUAUUGGACAGACACCGGAACCAACCGGAUUGAAGUGGGCAACCUGGAUGGUUCCAUGCGGAAAGUGUUGGUGUGGCAGAACCUUGACAGCCCCCGGGCCAUUGUACUGUAUCAUGAGAUGGGGUUCAUGUACUGGACAGACUGGGGGGAGAACGCCAAGUUAGAGAGAUCUGGAAUGGAUGGCUCUAAUCGGAGCGUGCUCAUCAACAACAACCUGGGAUGGCCCAAUGGACUGACUGUGGACAAGGCCAACUCCCAAUUGCUCUGGGCUGAUGCACACACCGAGCGAAUUGAGGCCACCGACCUGAAUGGUGCCAAUCGUCAUACACUGGUGUCACCUGUGCAGCACCCUUAUGGCCUUACCCUGCUCAAAUCCUAUAUCUACUGGACUGACUGGCAGACCCGUAGCAUCCACCGUGCCGACAAGAGUACGGGCAGCAAUGUCAUCCUGGUGAGGUCCAACCUGCCAGGUCUCAUGGACAUCCAGGCUGUGGACCGGGCACAGCCACUGGGUUUUAACAAGUGUGGCUUGAGAAACGGUGGCUGCUCCCACCUCUGCUUGCCACGGCCCUCUGGCUUCUCCUGUGCCUGCCCUACUGGCAUCCAGCUGAAGGGAGAUGGGAAGACCUGCAAUCCCUCUCCUGAGACCUAUCUGCUCUUCUCCAGCCGAGGCUCCAUCCGGCGAAUCUCCCUGGACACCAGCGACCACACAGAUGUGCACGUACCUGUUCCUGAGCUCAACAAUGUUAUCUCCCUAGACUAUGACAGUGUGGAUGGAAAGGUGUAUUACACGGACGUGUUCCUGGAUGUUAUCAGGAGAGCAGACCUGAAUGGCAGCAAUAUGGAGACAGUGAUUGGGCAUGGGCUGAAGACCACUGAUGGGCUGGCAGUGGACUGGGUGGCCAGGAAUCUGUAUUGGACAGACACAGGCCGAAAUACCAUUGAAGCAUCAAGGCUCGAUGGUUCCUGCCGCAAAGUGCUGAUCAACAACAGCCUGGAUGAGCCUCGGGCCAUUGCUGUUUUCCCCAGGAAGGGGUACCUCUUCUGGACAGAUUGGGGCCAUAUUGCCAAGAUUGAGCGGGCGAAUAUGGACGGCUCUGAACGGAAGGUCCUCAUCAACACAGACCUGGGUUGGCCCAAUGGACUUACCCUGGACUAUGAUACUCGCAGGAUCUACUGGGUAGAUGCACAUCUGGACCGGAUUGAGAGCGCUGACCUCAAUGGGAAGCUACGGCAGGUCUUGGUCAGCCACGUAUCCCACCCCUUUGCUCUCACUCAGCAGGACAGGUGGAUCUACUGGACAGACUGGCAGACCAAGUCGGUCCAGCGUGUUGACAAGUACUCCGGCCGGAGCAAAGAGACAGUAUUGGCAAACGUGGAAGGACUCAUGGAUAUCAUCGUGGUUUCCCCUCAACGACAGACAGGGACAAAUGCCUGUAGCAUGAACAAUGGUGGCUGCACCCACCUCUGCUUUGCUAGAGCCUCAGACUUUGUGUGUGCCUGUCCUGAUGAGCCUGAUGGCCGACCCUGCUCCCUUGUACCUGGCCUGGUGCCCCCAGUUCCCAAGGCUACCAGCAUGAAUGAACGGAACCCACUGUUCCGAAACACAUUACCUACCACCUUGCGUUCUUCUACCACCAGAACACACACAUCUCUGGAGGAGCUGGAAGGAAGAUGCUCUGAAAAUGAUGCCCAGCUCGGCCUCUGUGCACAUUCCAAUGAGGCCAUACCUGCUGCUCCAGGGGAAGGACUUCGUGUCAGCUAUGUCAUCAGUGGACUCCUUAGUAUUCUGCUGAUUUUGGUGGUGAUUGCAGCUUUGAUGCUGUACAGACACAAAAAAUCUAAGUUAACUGAUCCUGGAAUCAGGAACCUGACCUACAGCAACCCCUCCUACCGAACUUCCACUCAGGAAGUGAAAAUUGAAGCAAUCCCAAAACCAGCCAUGUACAAUCAACUGUGCUAUAGAAAAGAGGGUGGGCCUGACCGUAACCACACUAAGGAGAAGAUCAAGAUUGUAGAGGGAAUCUGCCUCCUGUCUGGGGAUGAUGUUGAGUGGGAUGACCUGAAGCAGCUGCGCAGCUCCCGGGGAGGCCUUCUUCGGGAUCAUGUGUGCAUGAAGACAGACACAGUAUCCAUCCAGGCCAGCUCUGGCUCCCUGGACGACACGGAGAUGGAGCAGCUGUUGCAGGAAGAGCAGUCUGAGUGUAGCAGUGUCCAUACCACAGCCACUCCUGAAAGACGAGGCUCUCUGCCAGACACGGGCUGGAAACAUGAACGCAAGCUCUCCUCAGAGAGCCAGGUCUAAAUGCCCAUGUUCUCUUCCUUCCCUGCCCAUUCCUUCUCCUUUAUGGACUUCCAGUCCUUGUGCUCAUAACGGGCCCCCUUCCUAUGUGCUCAUACUUCUCCUCCUCCUCCCAUCCCAUAACUGCUCCCAAGUCCCCCAUGGGAGCUAUGUCCACCUGAGUUCGUAACUACCUGUGCAUGAGAAAUGGUGAUGCAUCCCAUGAAUUUAGACCUGGAUUACCAUGAACCUCAUCUCUUGCGCUCCAUCCUGAGCCCCUGAAACUAGGCUCACUAAUGACUCCUCGUCAGUACAGAGCUCCAGCUCCCCUUCCCCUGGUACCCUCAGUGCCUGCCCCCCCAAGAGUUGAUGAUUUAAGACUGCACUCUCCCUCAUCCUAGCUGGCCUGACCAUUUAUCUGAGAGAACUUGUCCACUGGGGACUGGGGCAGGGAGUCAAGGGUAAAGAGAGAUGAAGGAUAGAGGCUGAGAGGAGAAGGAAGAGUCAGCCCAGCUGGGAUGGGCAUCUGGGAAAACUCCAGCCUCAAGUGUGUUAGCAAUAUAAAAAAGCUUUUAGGGGUGUCCAUUGCUGGCAAUGGAUGUUGUUCUCAUCCUAAGAGUCACUUUUUUUCAGCUGCAGAUGCUGAGAUCUGGGUGUGGCUCAAGCUGUUCUUCUGAAAGUCUGGAACCUUGGCUACCUUCAGAUGGCUGAAGGUCCCUAUCUCACGGCAGCUGGCUAAUACAAAUUCCCUCCUAAGUAACCAGGUUAUGAACCAAUGGCUCAAGUGAAUGUGGGGCCCUGAGGGCUGAGUCUCUGCAAUGUCUAAACAGCGCUGCCAAGACCAAGGAUAGCAUAUCACCUGAACUGUAAUGUUCUGCCUCUCUCUCCCUCCUCAUUCUCUGGGAUUCUGAGUGUAGAGACCCUGAAACAACUUUUCAAAGAAGUGUCAGGAGUUUUCAUAAAUGAUCAGGAAAGGCAAUUGGGUUAGAAACCUGGGACAACUAGGGCCUAAAAAGAAGUAUUAAUGAGGUUGAACCUCCUGUGUUCUCUCUCAAGUGCUUAGGGAUCUAAGUUAGUGGAGAGAGAGCCUGUGGCUCUGGGGUGGUGGAGUACCCAUUCCAACUCUCUUCCCAGCUAAGUGACACUUUCCAUGCUGAGCUGACAUCACUGGGUUCGUGCCCAUUUGCGCAAAGGGCAUGACUCAUGCUAGUGUCAGGGGAGUUGAGACUUUUUGCUGUCUGAAAACUUGUACCUAGCUCUCCUUCUCUUUAUUUUUAUGUUUUUAAUUUUUUUGGUCUAAUUUGCUUUCUCUGACAUGGACUUGUGGCACCUGGAGGGCUAAAUUCAAGAUGCAAAGUCAAGGCAAGAAAUGGAAAGGCAGAGCCACUGAUGAAGCCUUCUUAGCCCAAGAUAGAUCCAGACCUCUUCUACCCAGGAGUUAGAAAUGAUAGGAGAAGACAACAGGGACUAAGAAUGGUAGUGAGGACUUCUAGGGGAAGGUUGCUGAUUUGCAACAUCUCCUGGUUUUGAGAAAUCAGCUGCCAAACGUGACUGAAAAAGGAGGAUAAGACCACCCCUUUUCUAGUUAGUUCUCAGACUGCUAGAGACAGGUGCCAAGCCCUUAGCCCUGCUCUCAAUAGCCAGCCCAAAGUCUGGGCCCACACAGGACGGCCAGGCCAAGAUGGCUUUUCUAGUACAUGAAGUGGGAAAGGUGAGGUGUGACUCCUAGGAUGAAAGGACAUUCCACACUUGUUGGGGCAAUAAGGGAAGGAGCCCUGUGGGUCCUCAGACCCAUAGCUGGUGGUGGGGAGAAAAGUGACAUUUUCUUGAUUGCAAAGGGGGCAGGAUCUUAUUGCACUUGAGCUGUUCAGAAUGUAGAAAGGACAUAAUUGAAGAACUCUCUAUUUUAGCACUGAUUUACUAUGUAAAAAGCAAAAUCUCUCUGUUCUAAACUAAUGGAAAUGAUUCUCCCGCACUCAUGUGUAAUGGUUUUAACGUUACUGGAGAGAUUGGGCUUCCUGGAAUUAUUUAACCACUAUGUUCAGUAUUUUAGGAUUUUAUGAUAAUUUAAUAUAAAUUUAGCUUUUCUUAAUCA